CGCGCGCGGAGCCAACAACCAGCCAACCGAGAGAACCCACGAGAAGCGGUCCAGGUCAAAUCGAGCACGGACGCGAGCUGUAAAGUCCUCGCGGGGCGCAGGCAGCUCAUCGUGCGCUUGCAGCAAAACCCAUGCGUAUAAGAGAGACCGCGGCGACGAGACGAGCCGGAGGAGGAGAAGAGAACGGGGCCAGCAGCGAACGGAAGCGUCCGAGAUGAGUAGCACCAGAACUUUCUCGCCGGCGGCGGUGGCGGCAGCGCAGCAGCACGUCCGCGCGGCGCGUGGCGGGCUGCCGCGGCCGAGGCGGCCCAGCAGGCCGGCGGCCGGCUCGCCGGGCCAGCGGUCCGCGGGUAGCGGCAGCGACGCCGCGUGGGGACAAGCGGGGCGCAGCUGGUGGGGGGCUGGCGGUGGAGUGCCGGCGGCCGCGUCGUCGAGGCGGCAGCCGUGCAGAGCUGGCGCUGGCCGGGCGCCGGCGGGGAACCGGGAGCUGGUGCGACGGGCGCUUUCGCCGCCGGCCACGGGCGCGCGUGGCGCGGCACUAAGGAGGUGGAGCUUCCGGCCCAUGCCGAGCCGGCUGCGCAACGGAUCGUGCUUGACCUCGACGGCAUCCCCUGCAUCCCCACGGCCAUCGUGACUUUGCUUAGCGUGAGGUGGUUACAGGCUUGCGUCGUUCUGUAAUGGGAUGGGUGUAGGCUGGGCACCGUACAUUCCGUGCCUGUUCUGUUUUUGGUAUUGUUUUUGCCUAGGAGUGGUUUCAGAUAUUUUUAAAAGCCCAGUGCCUAUUAUGCCAUUCUACAGUAUUGACGAGCGCGCAUUGCAUGGUUAAUUGGAAAAGGGGUUUCCCUUUAUUCCCUUGCGGCUGGAAGUGGCGGACCUAGAAAUAAAAUGAUAGGUGUGCACCGGAAAUUGCCUUUGGCUCCCGAGCUUCA